AUGGAAAAUCUAACUUAUUGUAAAUUACAAAUUUGGCUUGCCCAAAAACCUUACACACAUUUUUUCUUUAUAAAAAUUGCAUUUGACAAAUUAAAUAAACUUCUAACUGAUUUUAAGUUGUCUAAAUCAGACAUUCUUAAUGAUAACCUGUUCAAAAGCCUGUUAGUUAAUAAAAAUAGAAAUUUAAUGGAGAUUGACCUUCUGCACCCAGACUCAGAACAACAAAGAAUAUGCCACAAGAAGAAGAGAUUGGUGCAAAGUCCCAAUAGCUACUUCAUGGACAUCAAAUGUUCAAGCUGUUAUGCACUCACAACAGCUUUCAGCCAUGCACAAAGCGUCAUCACAUGUGAAGGAUGCCAACAAAUACUUGCACAGCCAUCUGGAGGAAAAUGCAAACUUACAGUAGGUUGCUCAGUAAGGCGAAAGGCUGAUUAA